AUGACUUUACGACGCUUUAUUGCAAGAAGAGGUCGGCCGAGUGUAGGCUACAGUGACAAUGGAUUGAAUUUUUCCGGGCUAAACAACGAACUAAAACGUAUCGAUUAUAAAAUAUUAGCUAGUUUAGCAGCGACGGAGCAGAUAGAAUGGAAAUUUAAUCCACCCGCUGCGGCCUGGUGGGGAGGAUUCUGGGAACGAUUGAUAGGAGUUUUGAAAAAAUUAUUACGCCGUACCCUUAAAAAGUCUUGCUUAAACUACGAAGAGAUGAGUACAGUUCUUAUCGAUUGCGAGGGUAUCAUUAAUUCAAGACCGAUCACGUUCGUCUCUGAAAGUGAAAAUGAGAUCAUGCCGCUAGCUACAUCAAAUUUUCUGCAAGAGAUUAAAGAAAUUGGCGUGUUAGAUUUAGAUAAUGUGGAAAGAAGUCCACUUAACAAGCGUUAUGCGUAUCGUCAAACUCUAGAAGAAGAAUUGAGACACCGGUUCAGAAGCGAGUAUUUAGGCGCGCUGAUCAAUCAACGCUCGAAAGUUGAUUAUCCCGUUGAGAUAAAAGUUGGCGAUAUCGUAUUAAUCGGUUAUGACAAUGUUAAACGACUACAUUGGCCUUUAGCUAGAGUAACGGAAAAAAUAACUGGAAAAGAUGGUGUAGUACGGGUAGUAAGAUUGAAGACAGCUACUGGAGAAUUAUUUAGACCGGUUCAAAGAGUUUUUCCGCUAGAAUUAAAUUAUAAUAAUACUGACUUAAAUGUUAAAGAGUCAACUGUAAUUAAAAAUAGUGAGAUAGCAAAAAAGAGUUAUAAGAAACAGCGUCCUCAAGAAAAUGUUGAUGUAAUAAAAAAUAAAGAACCACAUGUAACGCGUUACGCGUGGCUUCAUCCCACGUAA